UGUGGCAUGAGGAGCCGCUUGACGCUGCGUCCGCGUCAACGUAAAGAACAUGGCUGUAAAGGUUCUGACCAACGAAGCAACCAAAAGGUUCAAAAUAUGGUUAAGAGCGGUUGUAUACAAUUACAUCAUUUUGGGUAAUUAUACGGUUUAACAUAACCCUGGUUUACUAUGUGAACGCAUCUCAAUUAGGGCGGUAGGUUACAAAAAUACGCGCCGCUCGAUACGACGUCGUGGGGAGUUAAAACUGCCAAAACUAAACCCUCUUGACGAAAUAGAGUCUCUCUAUGCCUUAGGCUCUCCAGCCUCCUCGGCAUAGGAAGCGUGACAUAUAUAAGAAGAAAGAAAACUUACAGAGAGACAAAGGUUAGGCUUCAUCCAGAAUUUCAACGCUCCUUAAAUAAGGUUGAUUAUUUUGUUUGAUUUGAUUUGAUUCAGCAGCAAAAAUCUUUUCAUUGUAACACAAGUUAGGGUUUCAGGUACGAGUUUGUGGGAUUUUCUCUAUUUCAAUUGCACACUAUUAUUCUUGUUCUUAUCAAGAUUGUAGUAAAGUAUGUGUAUCCCCUAAGAUUGGGUUGAUAUGUUUUUUCAAUGGAGGGGACACGUAAGUUGAAUAAGACGUAACUAGGUACUCUUACAGAACUAUUUUUUGUGCUUCCUUGAUGCGUACGUUUGCGUAAAGCAUUGUGAUACAUGAGCACAUAGACAAGAAGUAUGAUGAUGUCUUCUUUCUAUUUCUUGAUUUCCUGAUUUUUUCUAGGAUUUUCCUUUUUCCUUAUCGCCUUUUCCUAGAGAGUUCUUACUUAGAAAUAAGGUUUAGAUCUCUGUCAAUAAAUUUUUACUCUGUUUCAGUUUUGAUUAUUAGAUCUCAUAGAAUACUUGUUAACAUAUAUAUUCUCAUCAGGUAUGCGCUCUGAGGCUAUUUCAAAACUAGUGAUGCAUAACGAUGAUGAUGAUAAUAAGCCUUUAGUGUUCAAGAAAAGUGUUGUUAUACCCUCAACUGUUAAGGAUGGAGACUCUGAGGAUGAUACCAUAAUCUCCUCGCGGAAAUCCACUGCGCCAGAACAAAAGAUCAAUAGCGAUGAUGAGUCAGAUGAUGAUGAAGCUCCAAUAUCGUCAAGUUUACAAAAGAAGAAGCAUGUCAACGAAAUUUCAGGUAGUGAUGGAAAUAAACUUCUGGUUAAGAAGUUUCAGAAUGGUUCCAAGCUUGAAAGUAAAGGGACAAAGGUGUCUGGCAAGAGACUUCUUGAGAAGGACAGUUCUACACAUCAAUCAUCCAUGAAAAAGCACAAGGCAUCAUCUUCAUCUGCAAAACAAGAUUCUGCGAAAACCGAAAAUUUAGAUAGAAAGAGAAAGGCUGUGGUAUCACCUAAUGAAACUGAUGAUGAUGAUGUUCCAAUUGCCAAGAGAAUCAAGUCAGAUUCCUCUAACAGUAAAACACCAUCUGCAAAGCUUAAAGUAACAAAACAGAGUUCUACUUCAUCAUCUAAGAAGCCGGAAGUGACAAGAGGAGCUUCUCCCCCGCCCAAGAAAAGGAGCAAAAGAUCCAAGAAAGACUCUGAUUAUGCAAAGUCUUCAAAAUCUUCACCUUCUGGAGAUGGGAAAAAGAAAUGGACUACCUUGGUGCACAACGGUGUCACCUUUCCACCACCUUAUGAACCUCAUGGUACCAAGAUCUUAUACAAGGGAAAGCCAGUCAACUUAUCUCCUGAGCAAGAAGAGGUUGCAACGAUGUUUGCUGUGAUGAGGGAUACAGACUAUUACAACAUACCACUAUUUAGGAAGAAUUUCUGGAAUGUGAGAAAACUACUUGGAAAGAAACAUGUGAUACAGACGCUAGAUGAUUGUGACUUUACCCCAAUAUAUGAGUGGCAUUUGGAAAAGAAGCAGGUAACAAGACAAAGAGACUUUCUAAUUUUUUUUUAGUUUAUACGACUGCAAUGAUGUUAAUUACAGCUAUAUUUUAUUUCAUUUGAUAAUGUGCAGAAGAAUAAAGAGAAAAAAGGGAAAAAACAGGAGCAGGAAGAGAAGUAUAUGUGGGCUAUUAUAGACGGUGUCAAAGAGAAAAUUGGGAACUAUAAGGUUGAACCUCCUGGGUUAUUCAGAGGCCGGGGAGAACAUCCUAAGAUGGGAAAGUUUAAGAGGCGUAUACAUCCACAUGAUAUCACUCUAAACAUAGGGAAAGAUGCUCCUAUCCCUGAAUGCCCCAUACCUGGUGAAAGAUGGAAAGAAAUAAGGCAUGAUAACACAGUCUCAUGGCUAGCAAUGUGGAAUGAUCCUGUUAUCUUAAAAAAAGACAAGUAUGUUGGUCUGUCAGCUAGCAGUUCUCAGAAAGGACAAAGCGACAAGGAUAAGUACGAGAAUGCCAGGAAGCUUAAGGACCACAUAGAAAGUAUAAGAGAAGCUUACACCAAGAACUUUACUUCUAAAGAUGUUUUAAAGCGUCAGAUAGCUGUGGCUACCUAUCUCAUUGAUAAAUUGGCACUUAGAGCUGGUACUGAUAAGGAUGAUGAUGAGGCAGACACUGUUGGUUGCUGUACGCUAAAAGUAGACCAUGUGGAGUGCAUUCAUCCAAAUCAGUUAAAGUUUGACUUCCUUGGUAAAGAUUCAAUAAGAUAUGAGAAUACUGUUGAAGUUGAGCCUCCUGUUUACAAAGCCAUUGGACAGUUCAAAGCUGGUAAAUCCGAUUCAGACGAUCUUUUUGAUGAGAUAGACGCAAACAAACUGAACGCUCAUCUUAAGGAGCUUAUGCCUGGACUCACAGCUAAAGUAUUCCGUACAUACAAUGCAUCCAUCACCCUGGAUAAAACGUUGCGUCGAGAAACCAAAGAUGGUGUUGAUAUAAACCAGAAAAAAAUAGUUUAUGAUCAAGCCAACAAGGAGGUGGCCAUAAUCUGUAAUCAUCAGCGUGCUGUUACAAAGUCUCACGGUGCACAAGUCAAGAAACUGAAAGAUAAGAUAGAUGAACUCAAGGAGGGUCUUAAACAACUUAAAACCAAUCUCAAGAGGGCUAAAAAGGGAGAAGCUCCACUAGAGGGUUCAGAUGGAAAGAAAACGAGAAACAUAACUCCAGAAGCGUGGGAGAAGAAGAUAGCUCAACAGAAGAUGAAGGCUGAAAAGAUGGAACAUGACAUGCAGACAAAGGAAGAUUUGAAAACUGUGGCCUUGGGAACGUCAAAGAUAAAUUACAUGGAUCCAAGGAUCACAGUUGCGUGGUGCAAACGUAAUGAAGUACCCAUUGAAAAGAUGUUCACCAAGACUCUUCAGGAGAAAUUUACAUGGGCAAUGGACGUGGAACCUGACUUCAGAUUCUAAUUUGCAGCAGUAGCCACACAGCUUAAAGAGUUUCUGAUUCUCUACGCUGUAUUCAUUGCGAAUGUUUAUUAAAUUGUUGAUUAAGAAUGUUUUAUGUUUCUAUAUAUAACCUAACCAAGAAAAUAGAUUUGUUAUUUUUUUGAUAAGAAAACAUCAUCCAAUUAAUGAUGUUAAAAGGAGUUUUGUGAAACAUUGAGUGUUAGAUUUUCAAAAGCAGAGGACAUUCUUAUGAAACUAGAGAAAGGAAAACCAUGACAAUAUGAGCUACAUAACUCAGCA